CAUCAGUUGUCUGUCAUCCGUCCAUCAUGCACAGCAAAGAACAGAUCAGUCAUGACGAAUACCAGAAGACAGCUGACUGGUUGAUGUCUCAGACGAGACACCGUCCCCAGGUGGCGAUAAUCUGCGGGUCCGGACUGGGCAUGCUCGCUGACACCCUCAAGUGUCAGGACUCCUUCGCUUAUUCUGACAUACCAGGCUUCCCCCAGAGCACAGUGCAGGGUCAUGCAGGUCGACUGGUUUUCGGGGAACUGAAGGGGAAGACAUGUGUGUGCAUGCAGGGUCGCUUCCACAUGUACGAAGGACACUCACUCUGCAAGACAACGUUUCCAGUUCGAGUCUUCAAGCUGUUGGGCGUGGAGACUCUGAUUGUGACAAAUGCUGCAGGCUCAUUGGCUGACGGUCUCCAGCCUGGUGACAUCAUGAUCAUCAAAGACCACGUUAACUUCCCUGGACUGGUCGGUCUGAACCCGCUGAGUGGACCUAACGACGACAAGUUCGGUCCUCGUUUCCCAGCCAUGUCAGGUUGCUACGACAAAGGCCUGCGUUGCCUAGCAUUGGAUAUUGCCAAGCAGCAGGGCGUGGCCAGCCUCAUGCAGGAGGGCGUGUACGCCAUGGUGGGAGGGCCAAACUUUGAAACCAUUGCUGAGGCCAGACUAUUGCAUCGACUGGGGGUGGAUGCUGUCGGUAUGAGUACGGCUCCUGAGGUCGUCGUAGCGACUCACUGCGGUCUCAGAGUCUUUGGCCUCUCUCUGAUCACCAACAAGGUGGUGAAGAGCUAUGAGGACUCUGAAAGUGUGAACCAUGAGGGUGUCCUGGAGGUCGGCCGGCUGCGUUCUAACACUGUGCAGCAGCUGGUGACUGAACUGAUCAGCAGAAUGGAGAUCAAUAAUAAUAACACCAUCAAUAAUGCUGUCUGAAC